AGACGGGUCGUGUUAGGAACUUCCGGUUGUAGUCGGGGUUGCCGUUUGCGGACUCUGCGUGAUGGAGAAGCGGUGUUUAUCUCUUCUGCUGCUCUGUGUGCUGUCUGUGUUUCAUGUCACAGCAGACAAUGUCAACGUUAAAAAGAUGAAAAUGCAGUUUACUGGAAUGCCACUUCUGAAGUUUCAGAUUUGUGUAUCCUGAGGAUACAGGCGGGUGUUUGAAGAGUACACUCAGGUUCUCAACCAGAGGUACCCAGACAUCCGCAUCGAAGGAGAAAACUACCUGCCUCAGCCAAUAUACAGGCACUUAGCAUCCUUCCUGUCUGUCUUCAAGCUUGUAGUAAUUGGUUUAAUUAUCCUGGGUAAAGAUCCUUUUGCAUUCUUCCAUAUAGAGGCUCCAGGAAUCUGGCUUUGGGCAAAAGAAAAUAAGAUAUAUGCCUGCAUGAUGGUGUUCUUCCUCAGCAACAUGAUUGAAAACCAAUGUAUGUCUACUGGCGCCUUUGAAAUCACACUUAAUGAUGUGCCUGUAUGGUCAAAGCUUCAGUCAGGCCACCUGCCCUCCAUGCAGCAGCUGGUGCAGAUUCUGGAGAAUGAGAUGAAGUUGAGCGCGCACUUGGACUCUCUUCCCAACAGACGAGCUUAAUCCGGCAGUAACUGAGCAGACGGCUGAGGCUUGUGUUUAAGGUCUUGUUGUGUGAGGUGGCAUUAAUGAAGGUUUGUACUGAAGGCAGUAUGUGUGCUGGUGCAGACUGGAUGUCCAGGCCCCUCUCACCGUUCAUUGGGCUUUACCACAGCAGCUCAGCAAUCCUUGGUUUGAAGUAUGGAGGAAAAUUUCAUCUGCACUGAUUCUAUAAUGACUGAUUAAUAAUUGAGUGCUAUUAAAGGGAUAGUUCACCCAAAAAUGAAAAUAAUGUCAUUAAUGACUCACCCACAUGUCGUUCCAAACUCGUAAGACAUCCGUUCAUCUUCAGAACACAGUUUGAGAUGUUUUAUAUUUAGUCUGAGAGCUAGUUGACCCUCCUAUGUACGAUAUACUGUCCAUGUCCAGAAAGGUAAUGAAAACAUCAUCAAAGGUGUCCAUGUGACAUCAGUGGGUCAGAUAGAAUUUGUUGAAGCAUCAAAAAUACAUUUUGGUCCAAAAAAUUACAAAAAUUAUGACUUUAUUCAGCAUUGUCUUUUCUUCUGCGUCUGUUGUGAAGCGCAUGCACGAGACUAAAAUCACGUGACUGCAGUGACGCGGAGCACGUACAACACAGCUGACUUGUUAUCUGGUGCGCCCUUUUUUUUGUUUUGUUUUUUGUGCCCGGGAUUCGUUUACAGUCUGAGGGAGACGCACGAUGUAAGUUUGGGGAAAAAUAAACUUCGCAAACAUGUCUGAGGAUAACACAUAAUUGGCGUCACUGCAGUCACGUGAUUUUAGUCUCACGCAUGCGCUUCACAACAGACGCGGAAAAGAGGACAAUGCUGAAUAAAGUCGUAAUUUUUGUUAUUUUUGGACCAAAAUGUAUUUUCGAUGCUUCAACACAUUCUUACUGACCCACUGAUGUCACAUGAACAUCUUUGAUGAUGUUUUUAUUACCUUUCUGGACAUGGAUAGUAUACCGUACAUAGAUUUUCAAUGAAGGGUCAACAAGCUCUCGGACUAAAUAUAAAACAUCUUAAACAGUGCUCCAAAGAUGAACGGAGGUCUUACGAGUUUGGAACGACAUGAGGGUGAGUUAUUAAUGACAUUAUUUUCAUUUUUGGGUAACUAUCUUGUUAAGUGGGGCAAAUCAGGUUUAAACACAUUGUUUUACCUGUUUUGCGCAGUAGUUUGUAUUCAUUACUGACGUUUGUUUUCUGUGUAUUCCAAAUCUGAAAAUUAAACCUGUUAAUAAUUCUUUAAGAACUAGAUUUCUGUUUAACCUUUAUGUCCAUGUCUGUCUCUUUUCUUUUGUAUCAUGUUUAACUGUUUUUUUUAUUGUUUUGAUGUGCCAAACUGUUCAUUCCACCCCCACCCAGUGUUUAUCAUGAGGUAUUUUGCAAUAUAAAUGUGUAAGAUCUAUGAGCAAAAGUAUUCGUUUAUCAAAUAAAUAAAUAUGUACACGUGAACAACAAUGUACUUGUAAUAUGAUAUAUUUUGGAUCAUUUUUAAUAUUUGUUUAUAAUUGAGUUUAAAAUAAAAUGUAUCAUUUGAUGUGUAAA